AUGACACUAUGCCUCCUAAGCGUGCUUUUAUUGCUGCUAGUAAUCACCGUGGAAUACGGCGACGACGAAGACGAUGACGGCGGGGACACGCGAUCGUCGCGGACGCGCAUUACCGGCAGCUAUGAUGACCUGGACGACGUGACACGUGGCAGCGGGGGGUUGGACGACUUCUGGGGGCUGGGUCAGCAGGGGCAGGGCCGAUACUGCCGGGAGCGAGGCCAGCUGGCGGUGUGCCGGCCGCCCGACGCUGUUAUUAUAGCGGAGGGCGAUUUGGGCUCGCGUCUAUCAUCCGUCUGUUCCGCGGCCGCCCUGCUGCCAGCAGCCAACCUCACGACGCUCGCCCUCUGGGUGCCCGAUGCCUUCAUGCCGCACAUCCGCUUCUCCGACCUCUUCACCCUAGCUGCCGCUGCCGCUGCUGCCGCUGGUAACCCCGCUCCUCCUCCGGAUGUGGAAGGGCGGGCCUUGCGCGCUGUUGCUGGGGAGGGCGGGGAGGGACUAAGCAGUGGUGGUAGGGAGGAGUCAAGAGGGGGUACGGACCUUGGGAAUGUCACAGAGGGAGGAACAGGAGCCAACAGCAGCAGCAGCGGAGGCAGGGGCGGCAGCGGCGGAAGCAGUAGCAGUGGUGGUGAUGGCGGUGGCAGCAAGGGUAGUGGUGCAGGGCGGUUUGUGUGGGUGGAGGAGGCGAACGAGACAGCUGCUCACUGGCGCCAGUUCCUCGCACUCACCCACCGACCGGUAAGAAACGAGCAGCCUCUCUCUCGUUUCCAUCCAUGCAUCUGUGUCAUGCUAGGAGCUUUUCAGGCACCUCAAAAGUUCCUCGCACCCACCCACCGACCUGUAAGAAAGGAGAGGCCUCUCGUUUCCAUGCAUGCAUCUGUGCGUGUGCUGGCAGCUCGCAAGCUCCACGCCCUCCCUCCCCCACUGCACCUGUGCCCACCUGCCCACCUGCCCGCCUGGCCGCCUGCCCGCCUUCAACCCCCCCACCCCUCUUCCCCCAUGCCCAUCCGCCUCCUCUCCCCUCCGCACCCAUGGCAGGUGACCAUCCGCGGGUGUCAGAAGCGGGGCGCCUCUCAGGAUGCCACUGUUGCCACAUGCAGUGUGCGCUUUCAGACCUUCUCCCCACCUCCCCCCUCCCCUCUCCGCCCGCCUCCUCUCCCUCUCCCGGUCGCCCUCACAUGGCAGGUGACCAUCCGCGGGUGUCAGAAGCGGGGCGCCUCUCAGGAUGCCGCUGUUGCCUCGCUCACGCUCAGCCUCUACCUCUCGCCCGCCUCCAUCAACUGGCUCGUGGUGCGUGCUGUGUGUGGCCUCUACCUCUCGCCCGCCUCCAUCAACUGGCUCGUGGUGCGUGCUGUGGGUGGGUUCGCGUUUGAGCGGCUCAUGGGAGCAUGCAUGACAGCACUCCACCUACAUGCAGUCCCUCCUACUCCUCUCCACCACUCACAACCCCACUGUGCAGGACGCAGUGAACCCGCGUGCAUUCGAGCGCCGAAUGGCAGCGUGCAUGGCAGCGUGCAUGGCAGCGCUGCAGCCCGCCCCGCCUGUAGCGGCACUGCUGCUGCACUCCCCCCCACAUCCCUCCCCACUCUGACACUCACCACUCUCACACUCCCCACCCCCCCUUUCCUCCAACCCGACCUCUCUCUAGAUGGCUGUCCCGGCUGCCCCAUAUCCACCACCUCCUCUCCCCACCUCUGCGCCACGCGCCGCCUCGCCAUGUCCUUCCUCAAGCGCCCCUCGCUAGAUUUCGCCCUCGCCGCCCGCACCGCCCUCAACGCCGCCCGGAUUUCCGACGCCUUCCACCCGUCCCGCGCGCCGUUUGUGCUCCGAGCCACCCAAUCACGCGCUGCCACGUGCCCCAAGGGGGAGAGGGCGGAUUUGGGGAAAGGCGGGGUGGAGGAGUGGAGGAAGGGAGGUGGAGGGGGGGUAGUGGAGCUGUUUGCACUGAGCAUGACCCGAGGGCUCAUAUCCCUCAAGGCCGGCCUGGCCUCGCGACAAGCCAUGUUCAUCGCGCUCACGAAAGCCGUGGAGCUGUUUGCACUCAGCAUGACCCGUGGACUCAUCUCCCUGAAAGGCGGCCUGGCCUCGCCACAAGCCAUGUUCAUUGCCGCCCAUGGCGCCACCCGCUCCGACAUCUUCCGCGUGCAGCGCCCCGUCUGUGACUCGCCGCCCCUGCUGCCGCUCACCCAGCAGAAGCUGGCUCGCUUCACCAUCAUCGAAGAGUCCCUGAAGCUAGUGUACUGCGCCAUCCCCAAGGUGGCAUGCAACUCGUGGCUCAUGUGGCUCAGGGCGCGCCUGGGGCUGCCCAACCCAGAGGACCCGCUGCUGGCGCUCAACGAGAAGGAGUGGGGGCUGCACGAGCUGGCUUUGGACUUUACAGAAGAACAGGCAAUUCGUCUCAUGACGCGUCUGGACUUCUUCAAGUUCUCAUUCGUGCGCAACCCCUUCUCCCGCAUUGCCUCGGCCUACUCCAACAAGCUCGUGCGCACCGACCGACCCAAGCUCAAGACCGGCACCGGCUGGGGCACCCGCCAGUACUGGAGCAACGUCUUCUUCCACGCUGUGAAGCCAAUGUACGAGGCAGUCAAGGACAGCACAGGGCUCGUCUCCUUCCCCGACUUUGUCCGCCUCGUUGGCAAGCUGCUGGCCAGUCACCGCGCUGACAUGGACCGCCACCUGGCGCCGCAGGAGGACAUCUGUGCGUUGGGCUCCAUAAAGUACGACUUUGUGGGGCGAUUCGAGCGCCUGGAGGAGGAUGUUAAGACGGUGGUCGACAGAUUCGGUGGCGAGCACCUGGACGUGUUCAGGUUCGGCAAGGGAGCGCACUUCACGGAUACGGACCGGCGGCUGACGAAGCUGUAUGACAAGGUGUGUGUUCACUUAUUAUGUUUCUACCCUCACUCUUGCCCUUCCUUGCCCUGA